UCAACACUGGCACUGGGUGAAUACCUUCAGUGUACUGUUGCGGACAAUCCAGGUGAAUCUAAAAUUCUUUCCUUCAGGUCCAUGGUGUCAAGAAACUGCAGCAGAUGGAGCAGGAGUAUUUCCAGACAGUGGACUCUCACCAGAUCUCUGUCCUGGGCUUCCAGGAUGUCUAAGAUACAAUAGAGAGUCCCAGGAGAGGAUGCACAGUUCUCAGCUCCAAUUACAACAAGACACUCCGGUAUGCUGUCAGUUCUGUGGUUCAAGAGCAUGGCCUCCUUUAGAUUUGGUUUUUGUAGAGUCGCAAGAGGACUUCUGCUGUGAGAACUACAGAGAGUUGUUUGAGAUCAUGGCCCAUGAAAAACAUCUGAAAAGUUCUGAAGCAAGGUCUAGCAGACCUGCUCAACUGGAUGACCCUUUCUUUGAGGAAGAUGAAGAUUUACAAGAGAAAUCACAGGGAAAUGGAAAGCUUAGCUGUGCCUCAAACAGUCAUCAAUUUCAGGCUGUCUGACUGUGCCCCCAAAAAACAUAUGGGGGAAGUUAAAGAUUACAUGAAAUGUACUAAGGAGUCUUCUACGCCGGGAUCAGUUGAGUUUGGUUUAAGACAUCCCCAGUACAAUUCAGAUUUCUUGGAGAAGUACUACUCUCAUGGAGGGAAAUUUCUCACUGUGUUUCCAGAUGGUUCUGCACAACUUUUCUAUCCCUCAGGAAACUUGGCUAUCAUCAUUGUCAGCAGUGAGAUGGAAAGGAUCUGCAUCGUACAUGAUGACGUGACGACCCUUUGUCCUGCCAGAGCCCUCUUUCAGUCUAAUGGCAGAGCCACAUGUUAUCAUGACAGCGGCAGCAUUUGGUUGUGUGUGGAUGCUUGCGGUGGGCAAAGUCUGGAUGAGAGCGGGAGAAGGAUCAGAACAUGGAGCUGGACAGACAAGGCUCAAACACCAACACCCCUCAGACCACUCUUUCUAUCCCUCAACAAAAAUAUAGGGGUUCGAGUUCUUGGGCAACAGUUGGUGUUUCUGUCGUUUCUUGCUUCAGGACAGCAGGCCCGGUUCAGAGUGGGCAGCUGUGAGUCGUCCAAAGGACACAGCAUUGCUCCUCAAGUCAUGAUGUGCAAAGAGGAGCUGGUUCUUCUGGCAUGCAAGGUUGGGCUUCACAUGGCUCUGAUACGGUUACAGCAGUGCCAAGCCUUCCCAUCCAGUCCCACACACCUGCGGGUCACACCUCCACCUUUCCUACACUCGCUGGUCCGAAGGCUGCGUAAAUUGAGCCACAGAGUACACAUGGAAGAGCCAGACAAGGACUUUAUUCAGCGCUGUCUACAGGCCUGUCAGUCCACAGCAGGAUCUCACAAGGAAACGUAACUAUUUUUUUUAUAGUCAGAAAAGUGGCAAUUUCGUGCUAAUUCAUUUGUAUGAAAAUAUGUUGUUUUUUUAAGACGUGUCCCCCUAAACCCAACCGUCAUUGAGGUAUGAGUAAAUUGUACUAAAAUAUACAAAUGUAAUCGUACAAAUGUAUGCGAAUUGGCCACUAAAUCAAAAAGUCACUAAUGGGGUAGAUGCACACAGCCUUUUAAUUUCAGUCAGCCAGCCCUAGGGCUUCCAGGUUACUGUCAUCCCAUACUAAACUGCUGCUUUUAAGAUCUGAUUUCUUGAAAAAACACCGAUCUUCACUGCCUGGCUGAGAUGCAAUAUAAAGUGGGUAUCAG